CAAAGCCUCCUCGAUAGUGCUAAUCUUCUCACAAGUCCUUCUCAAGACCAUGUUGCACUUCUCAGACGGAGCGAUGUUGUCGAGGCUGCUGGGACUCCUCGUCCUCUCCUCCCUCUGCUCAGCCAUGCUGAAACCAAAUUUCAAUGACUCCAGUACAGAAGACCAAGGCACCAACUGGUCUCACCGCAGCCGUAGCAUGCCGAUGCCCUCCGGCUACAUGCCAUUCAGCGAGGGGCACCCUGACGACAUGGACUCCAAAUCGCAGAUGAACCAAGGCGACAUGUACUCUGGCGACACGGACUCCAAUGCGCCGAUGAACCAAGGCAACAUGUACUCUGACAACAUGGACUCCAACACACCAAUGCGCUAUGGCAACAUAUACAACAUGAACACAGAGGACACAAACUCUGGAGACCCCCCAAAGACCAUAGAGUCCCGGAUGUUUGGAAGCACCGAUCCAAUGAUGCCCCCCAUGCCUGAUACUGGGAUCUGUGAAAUGCUGAUGAACUCGGCAGCGCCUGUUGACCAGAUUCCUUUUUUCUGCCUCUGUUGGCACUGUAAGGGCACCGUGGGGCCCAAAGGAGACCGUGGAGACCGGGGCCCUGCGGGUGCACCUGGGAGUCCUGGAAGAAGAGGAAUGAUGGGGUUCCCUGGUCAACCAGGAUUCACAGGCAGUCAAGGGGUGAAGGGUCAGAAGGGAGACAUGGGGGAGAAAGGACAGCCCGGCACUGUUGGUUUCACCGGGAUGAAGGGCAGCCGAGGCUUCAAAGGAGAAAAAGGGGAAUCAGGAAUGGAAGGCCCCCCAGGCUCACAGGGCCCUCAGGGAGAAACCGGUACAUGCCCUGCCUCCUGUGAGAGUGUCCAGGGUCCACCAGGUCCACAAGGCCCCCCUGGAUCAGCCGGAGCCCAGGGCCUGCCUGGGGUCAAGGGAACCAUGGGACCUCAAGGUAUUAAGGGAAAUAAGGGUGACCUAGGUAGACCCGGCGACCCCGGCAUGGAUGGCCAGAAGGGUGAGCAGGGUGAGCAGGGGAUGUGUGAGUGCACAGAUGGAGCAGAUGGUGCUGAUGGGAGACCAGGAAGUAAAGGAGCUAAAGGGGUCAAAGGUAACACUGGUGUCCAGGGUGUACAAGGCCCCAUGGGGCUAAAAGGCAACGAGGGUGACAUGGGUCUCAUGGGGCCACCUGGGCCCUGCUCCCCAGCCAUCCAAUCGGCAUUCUCUGCGUGUAUCAAUGAGUCGUUUCCUAUUCACAACUGGCCUGUUGCUUUCCCAAUCGUCCUUACCAACCAGCAGGGGCACUUCAACCCACUCAUGGGCAUGUACACGGCCCCUGUCAAUGGCACCUAUGUGUUCAGCUUCCACCUGGCAGUUGCCAAAAAGGUUCUUAAGGUCGGCCUGUAUCGCGAACACUACCCCAUGGUGAGAGCAACAGAAACAACCCAUCAGUCCACCACCAGCCAGACUGUCGUCCUCCACCUCAUCAUGGGACAACGGGUGUGGCUGCAAGUGAAGGAUGAGACCACUAACGGCAUGUACACCGACGCUGAGAGCAGUGGCACGUUUUCUGGAUAUCUGCUGUACCCCGACUCCUGUGAUAUGCCCAUGGGCCGACAUCACUGGCCUCAGCAAAUUAGUACAGGAUUCAAGUGGGACUCUCCUUCCUCAUCUACCACACCUUCCCCCACCCCUCCACAAUAGCAGGCUCCAGUCAGUCAGUCACUCAGUUACAGCAAGGCAUCCACACACAUCCAAUCAAACACAGUGUAUUUAUAGCUGCAAGUUUUAGAGGGGUAUUCUGUCACACAGAACAUUUAAGUGACAUUCAAUAUUCAAUCUCUUCCAUUUGUGGACUGAAUCUGAGUUGUUCUUGACAUGAGGUAAAAGGCAGGGUGGACAAAAUAGCCAAUAUGAGUUUUGUUAUUACACCACAAAAAAUAACAGUAAUAAUCAUGCUUAUCAAGUCCUGUUUUAAUAGCCAUGCAAGUGACUGAACCAUGAGGCUGACACUGGUGGUUUGUGGUGAAAUAUCUCAAAAACUAUUGAAUGGAUUUCCAUGAAAUAUGGUUUAGAAAUUCAUGUUUCCUGCAGGGUCAAGUGUAAUCACUUUGGUCAUUUUGGGUGGGGGGUGGCAUGUGUGUCAAUAAACUCAAAACAGCCUGUUGUACUGGAGUUCUGGAAACCACAUAACAACAUCGAUAAACUAUAAGAUUUAUAAAGAAAUGAAGAAGAAUGUGAUGAAGAAAAUAGCGGGAAAAUACCCCCCCUCUAAAAUGUGGACAUAAAUUCACUUAUAAUUCAACACUCACUGAAAUAUGAAAUCGCAUGUAGGCUUAGUCGUACCAGUUUGACAAAUGCAUUUGAUCAUGCACUCUGAAGUCUGUGUAAGGCAAAAUCACUGAUUUCUUUCUAAACACAUUAAACAUGUUAGAAAAUACUUGUUGAAAACAUGAAAAGACUGAACUGUGUAGUGCUGAAUUGUGGAGUUAGAUUGCUCAACAUAUGUCCAGGUUUUUUGAGUAGACCCUGUAUUUAUUAGUCAGAAAACCCUAAGACAGCUUGCAGAAAGUAGCAAACUCAUCGGUUUGGGCCGCACACCCAUACUGUCAUAUACUGCAUACCCUGGUAAAAUUUCAGAAAGGUAUGAAGGUAUGAAAAAGUAGAUACUGCCCAUGCCUUGAAAGAAUAUAAGGCAAUAUAUGAACAUUCACAUCCUGGAUUGGUGUAGUUCUGGCUAAUAAAUCCUUAAUUUUGCUUUUGGAAGAAACAGCUUUACAAUCAGGUAAAGGAAAUACUUCCCAAAACAACCCAAAGUCCAAAAAUAACAGAAGCUGUGGGUCAAUCUAGACAACUCACCGAGGAUCUGUUGAAGGCUUAAGCCUCACUGAUCUCUGUUUUAGGGCUGUUUCCAGCCCAUCAGUUUAUCUCCAUGGUCUCUAUGGUAAUGGUGGUGAGUACAAUGAUCUCAGGCAACCAAAAUGGCUCACUUGGUUGCCAGGCUUGAUGAAUUGCAUAUCAGAAUCGGCUGCAUUGUGGGUUGAUCGGAUGGCUGAGGUUGACACUGGCCCAAAACCAGCUAACUGAAGUUGAUUUUUACCAGAGAUUGGUCCAAGGCCUUUCGCCCAAUGCCCAUCUUUUUCAGUGCCAGCACACAACUGUGCCGACACUCAGCCACGAAGGAGCCAACUCAGCUGGCCACCUUGGUCAUAAGCCCCUUUUAUGCUGCCUCUUCAAGGCAUGAAUUUCAUGCCUUUAUGUCGCCUGUAUAAAAAGUACAAUCGCGGAAUGGGGGAACAGAGGUGUCUAACCUUUGAGCCGACAGCAGAGAUAAUAACAGUGUCACAACAACAUCUGUGUAAACGAGACAGCCAGCAGGAUGGGACCAUGGAUGACAUGGGUGUGACGUUUUGACAACUUUAUGUGUGCGACCCACCCCCAGGAGAUUUAAAAAGCAGCUGAUAGCAGUUAGCAGCUAACUCAA